AUGGCAGAAAUGACCAAGUUGAAUGAAACCACAGGGAGCCAGGUGACUGAAUUCGUUCUCAUGGGCAUCACAAACCAUCCUGAGCUGCAGAUCCCACUCUUUGUUGUGUUUUUCCUCAACUACCUAUCCACAGUUUUGGGGAAUCUGGGCCUGAUCAUCCUACCCAGUGUUGAUUUCCACCUGCAAACACCCAUGUAUUUCUUUCUCAGGCAUCUGGCAUUUGUAGAUCUUAGUUAUUCCACAGACAUCGGUCCAAAAAUGCUGGUCAGUUUCAUUGUUGAGGGAAAUACCAUUUCCUUCAAUGGAUGUGCAGCACAGCUGGGUUUCUUUGGGAUAUUUAUCAACAGUGAAUAUUUAAUCCUGUCAGCCAUGGCCUAUGACCGCUAUGUGGCUAUCUGCAAACCCCUUCUCUAUGUGGUCAUAAUGUCAGACAUGGUAUGUUGGAUCUUGGUCGCUAUCUCAUACCUUUAUAGCAUUAUCAUAAGCCUUCUGGUCACAAUUAAGAUUUUUAAUUUGUCUUUCUGUAAAUCAAACAUAAUAACACAUUUCUACUGUGACCCUCUCCCCUUAUUAUCCAUUAUAUGUUCAGACACCAGUGAGAUUGAAUUAAUCAUUAUGACCCCUUCUGCAUUUAAUUUGGUUUCUUCCCUCCUGAUCAUCCUUAUCUCCUACAUGCUCAUUCUUUUGUCCAUUCUCAGGAUGAGCUCUUCAGAGGGCAGAAAGAAAGCCUUCUCCACCUGUGGCUCUCACCUGACAGGGAUGGUUACGUUCUAUGGAACACUUCUUUUCAUGUACCUGCAACCCCAUUCGAACCACUCCUUUGAUACAGACAAGAUGGCCUCUGUGUUUUAUACCCUGGUCAUCCCCAUGCUCAAUCCAUUGAUCUACCGUUUGAGGAACAAAGAGGUGAAAGGUGCAUUGAAAAGAAUCUUUCAAAAAUGA